GCAGCAGGUUGUGCCAGAGGCCAAAGGACAGAGUGCGUCAUGGCCAGCUUGUGACGUAGUAGUGGUUGUAUACUCUUGCAGAAUUAUAUAUUUCCCUUUUGUGAAUUUUCCUGUAUAUUUAACCAGUGUUAAAUUAUUAAUAUUAAUACGUAUAAAUAGCACGCUUCGUAAGCCCUUUUAUAAUAAUAUUAGGACUGAAUGCAUGGUAUCGUCUGACUAUGCACCUAAAUCUCCGCUUCAUAUAGACAUGCUCUAUGUAAGAUCAUCUCUGAUUUCCAUUUUCAGUCAUGUGGAAAUACGAGGUUUCAACUCUUACAACCGGUUCGGUUGUGUUAGAAAGUAAAUGGUGUUGAUCUUGGUCAUCUUGGUGAUGGUGGUGUAGUUGAGGAACAUCGUUUGUAUAUGUACGGCAUUAAAACCGUAUAUUUGUUUACUUCCAAAGUAGUGACUUAACUCGGUAUUGUACGAAUAGAAUGUCAGUUGUAUUAAGAAUGUGUUCAGUUAUAAUUUGAUGACAUUAAUUAAAAAAAUGAGAGGUCGCGGUCGUGGUCGUGCACGUAGUCGCGGGAGAGGAAGAGGAUCUCGAGGUCGUGGAAAGAAAGCUGUCAAGGUUAUCGAGAGUGAUGAGGAAGAAGUGCCAUUGCAGGCAGGGAAAGAAGUUCAAGAAUCCAAUGAUGAAAAUCAACAACCUCCAAAAAUUGAUUUGGAAGCAGAUAUAUCUCAGUUGGAGGCUCCAACUUUCACAACAAUUAACCGUGGUCCCCCUGAGCCUAUGCUUCGUCUUCGUUGGGAUCAUCGAGUGAAUCUCAUUGGUGAAAAAGUUCUUAAUCCAAUGAUACAUUGUUGUGAUAAGUGCAUGAAACCAAUCCUCAUCUAUGGAAGAAUGAUUCCUUGCAAACAUGUGUUCUGCUUAUCAUGUGCAAAGAGAGAAGACAAAGUAUGCCCUCGUUGUUUAGAAAAAGUUACAAGAGUAGAACAGACUGGACUUGGAACUGUGUUUAUGUGCACUCAUGGAGGGACAAGAUAUGGAAAUGCAGGAUGCAGACGUACAUAUCUAUCACAACGAGACUUACAGGCUCACAUUAAUCAUCGUCACACAGCUGUGCCAGUCCAGGCCAUAGGAGACAGUGCUCAGUUUCCUCUAGUAGUUACAGGAGGGAACACCAAGCCUCAAACUCAGCAGGAUGCCAUGAUGGUUGAAACCUCUGCUGCAAAUAAAAUGGUUGCUCCAAACCCUCAACGGAUGAAGCAGUCUCAUAUGGUUCCACAGCCAUCAGUAGGUGAUCCAAGGCUUCAACAUGGAGCUAUGGUUCCUGUAUCAAAUGCAGGUUCUGUCCUGGAUCAUCAUCGUCGUGGUCCUCCACAGCCUUCUCCUCCUCCUCCCCCACCACCUCCAUUUAACCCUCACCCACAUCGUCCUGCAAUGAUUGUAUCAGGAUACCCCACCCCCCAGCAGAACCCUCAGUCAAAUCCACCUCCAAAUAUGAGAACAAAUUUGAUAACUGUUCCAAUACAAGAUAACAGCACAAGUGUGUUGGUGGACCAUCCACCUCCUCAUCCGCCUACAGGCUACCAUCAUUAUCCACAAGCUCCUCCACCACAGUAUACUCCAUAUGCAGUUCCCCCACCUGUUGUGGGUCCACCACAGCCACAAGCUGGUUACUAUCAGGCUCCACCAGGUGCAGUGGUUGCAUAUCAGAGUACACAAGUACCACAGUAUGCAACUCAGGGUGUCCCUUCCAAUCCUGCUGUUGCAGGAAGAGCCCCACAGUAUCAAGAUCCUGUAGGACAGCAGUAUGGAGCUCCACCACCCCAACAGUGGCAACAUGGACCUAACAAUACUCCUUUCUAUAGAUAGAAAUCUAGACUUGGCAGCAAAAUGUAUCAGAUAUCUUGCUACAUGAUGUUUAUACUGGCAUAUAAGACAGUCUCUAAAUUUUUAGUUAAAAAGUUUAAGUAUGGGGCUAUAUGAGCCAGAUAAAAUGAAUCUUAAGAUACUUUUAGUUAAAAAGUUUAAGUACGUUCCUAUAUGAGCCAGAUAAGGUGAAUCUUAAGAUACUGUCGCGUGUUUGGAAUCUGGAAGUGAUACUUCCAUGGAAAUGCAAUACCAACACACCAUUGUGUAGGAAUUGCCCAAACAACAAACGCCUUUCCCCGGAGAUGAAAGACAACAGAGGGUCAUUGGAUGACAACAGCAAAACUGAACUGUUGAGAACAAUGUUCUGGAAGCUGUCCGCAUAAGGCCUGUAUAAGGGGGUUGAAUGCAUCAGAUGAGUUAGUUGACGAUUGACAGUUGAAGUUGAAGUCUAGCAGCUGAGAUUAACCUUUAUGAGCCGAAGGACACCGUAUGGGGACCUUUAAAGUAAAGCUGAGUGGCCGAAAGACACCGUAUGGGUAUGCGCAGUCCAUGCGUGUGCACAAUGUUUUAAAAUCUAAUUUUAAGAUAGAAAUUCUUGUUCUACUUACAUUAUUUCUGGACACCAGCUUUAUGAGU